ACCACUAACCCUGUCUUUCAAUAAAAUAAAAUAAAAUUAUCCAAUUAAGAAACUAAAUAACAAAACAAAAACAUAAAAAGGAUUUCAACGGCGAAUUCUCAGAAAACUCAAUUGCUCAUUUGAGUCGGUUCAAAAUCGUCAGUCACCCACACCACACCCAACUGUUGAGAUGAUAGGAUUAGGGACGCGGCGGAUGUAAAGAGAGAAGGCCAAGACGAAGAGAACGGUGAGUGCCAUGGAAAAGUGAAAAGGAGAAUCGGAGGUGGAGGCGAUCCAUCUAAUCCCGGACCCAUCACAUCUACUCGAACCUGAUCAACCCUAUAUGAGCUGCUGACUCAGUAGUGAGGUUCAAUUGUUCAUCGUCUUCCUUUUGAUAAGAAAAUUUAUAGGGUCCACCCUCACAUAAUUUUUACAUGGUAUGAUGAAUAAGCUGUAAUUUGCAAUGUUUUGGUAAAUAUUUUUCUACCUGUUAUUGUUUAAUUUCGGCCAUGGCAACUUACAACUUUCGGGUCCACAAAAUUGUGGUGUACAUUGAUUUCAUCCUUAUCUAUGCGCUAAUAAAUGACCGAAUCCUUUCUUCAUGUGCAUCCAUUUCAUACACAUCUCUAGUAUACCAAUAAUUGAAAUCAUUUUCUCUGUUCAUCCAUUUCAUCCACAUCUCUACUAUAUUUCUGCUCGUAUCAUCAACAAUGGCUGAAAUUGUUCUUUCUGGCUUCUUAACGGUGGUCUUUGAAAAACUGGCUUCUGAUUCCUUGAAGAAGAUUGCACGCUACAAGGGAAUUGAUUCCGAGCUCAAGAAACUGAAGAGGUCAUUAAUCCAAAUCAAAGAUCUGCUUAAUGAUGCUUCCUAGAAGGAAAUAACCAAUGAAGCUGUUAGAAGAUGGUUAAAUGGUCUCCAACAUUUAGCUUACGACAUUGACGACCUACUUGACGAUUUGGCAACGGAAGCUAUGCAUCGUGAGUUCACAGAGGAAUCUGGAGCCACCAGCAGCAUGGUAAGAAAGCUAAUCCCAACUUGUUGCAUGAACUUUUCACUAAGUACGAAGAUGCACGACAAGUUAGAUAGUAUUACCACCAAUUUACAAGAACUAGUAAAGGAAAAAAAUAAUCUUGGUUUAAGGGUGAAAGGUGAAAGCCCAAGAACUAGUAAACGAUUUCUGCUUGUUCUUGAUGAUGUGUGGAGUGAAAGCUAUACCGAAUGGGAAAUUCUAGAACGCCCGUUUCUUUCUGGGGCACCAGGAAGUAAGAUUAUUGUUACAACCCGGAAGUUUUCGUUGCUAACCCAAUUGGGUUACAGUACUCAAGCUUACAGUCUUUCGGUUUUGACACAAGAGAGUGCUCUAUCUUUAUUUGCUCAACAUGCAUUUGGUGAAAGUAGCUUUGAUUCACAUCCCACACUUAAAUCACAUGGCGAAGGUAUCGUGGAAAAAUGUGAUGGUUUGCCGUUGGCUUUGAUAGCACUUGGAAGGUUAUUGAGGACAAAAACAAACGAGGAAGAAUGGAAGGAGCUGUUGGAUAGUGAGAUAUGGAGAUUAGGAAAGAGAGAUGAGAUUAUUCCAGCUCUUAGACUAAGCUACCAUGAUUUGUCAACUUCUUUGAAGCACUUGUUUGCAUACUGCUCUUUGUUCCCCAAAGACUAUGUGUUCGACAUGGAGGAGUUGAUUCUAUUGUGGAUGGCAGAAGGGUUUUUACCCCAAUCGCAUACAAGCAAGUCAAUGGAACGUGUGGGUGUCGAAUAUUUUGAAGAGUUGGUGUCAAGGUCGUUUUUUCAACAUGCGCCUGAUGACAAAUCGUUGUUUGUGAUGCAUGACCUCAUGAAUGAUUUGGCGACAUCUGUUGCUGGAGAUCUUUUUUCAAGGUUAGACAUUAAGAUGAAGAAGGAAGUUAGGAAGGAAGGUAUGGAACAGUAUCGGCAUAUGUCAUUUGUUUGUGAGAAAUACAUGGUUUACAAAAGGUUUGAGGCAUGCAAAGGAGCUAAAAAUUUGAGGACAUUCUUAGCAACCUCAGUUGCGGUGAAGAAAAGUCGGGAAAUAUUUUUCAUAUCAAAUAAGAUUCUAACCGACUUACUUUGUGAGCUACCAUUAUUAAGGGUCCUAAGUUUGAGUUGUCUUAACAUAAAUGUGGUGCCUGAAUUUAUUGGUAUUUUGAAACACUUGAGGUAUCUUAAUUUAUCUCGAACUGGAAUCACAUAUUUACCCGAUAAUGUCAGCAAUCUUUAUAAUCUACAGACAUUGAUCGUUUUUGGCUGUCGUAGUUUAAAAGAGUUGCCCAAGAGCUUCUCAAAGCUUAAAAAUUUGCAGCAUUUUGACAUGAGGGAUACUCCACUAUUGAAAAAGAUGCCCUUAGGAAUUGGUGGGUUGAAAAGUCUACGGAUUCUCUCUAAAUUUAUCAUUGAAGGUGACAAUGGGUUUUCAAUAACUGCGCUUAAAGAUUUAAAGGAUCUCCAAGGAAAAAUUUCCAUUCAGGGGUUGGACAAAGUGCAAAGCGUAAUGCAUGCACAAGAAGCAAACUUAUCCCAAAAGCGGAUAAGUGAGUUAGAAUUUGAAUGGAGUGAUGUAUUUGAUGAUUCUCAAAAGGGAACACAUGAAAAGGAGGUGUUCAAUGUGUUAAAGCCUCAUAAUGAUAGUCUGAAAGAGCUUGGAAUUGUGUCGUAUGGAGGUAAAGAGUUUCCAAAUUGGGUUGGGGAUCCCUCAUUUCUUCGGUUGGCUCAUGUGUCGAUAAAUGGUUGUAAAAAUAGUACAUUUCUACCACCACUUGGGCAGCUUCCAUCACUUAAGGAGUUAUUUAUUGAAGGUAUGGCUAUGGUUAAAGUUGUGGGCCCGGAGUUUCGUGGGACUAGUCUUGCAUUCCCUUCACUUAAGAUUCUGAGUUUUCGAGAUAUGAAGGGUUGGGAGGCAUGGUUAACAAAUGCAACAUUUCCAUGCCUUGAAGAGCUUUCGCUAGAUCGAUGUCCAAAUUUGGUUAAAAUCUCACUUGAAACCUUACCUUCACUAAGGGUUCUAAGAAUAAACCGUUGUGGUCCUGAUGUGUUAACAAAUCUGAUUCGUGUAGCUUCAUCGGUCACCAAGUUGGAUAUCAGGCAUAUUUCAGGACUUUAUGAUCAGGUGUGGGGAGGUGUUUUACAGUGUCUUGGAGCAGUUGAAGAAUUAAGAAUCGAAUGGUGUAAUGAAAUAAGACACUUGUGGGAAUCAGAUGCAAAGGCAGGUAACAUUCUUGUGAAUUUAAGGAAGCUGGAAGUAACUUAUUGUUCAAAUUUGGUGAGCUUAGGAGAGAAAGAGGAGGUUAAUUUUGGCCAUGGGAGCAACCUGGAGUUUAUCAGGAUAUAUUUCUGUAAAAAAAUGCAGCAUUUCAGUUGCCCGGAUAGCAUCGAGUCAUUGAGUAUAUUUGAUUGUGCUUCAGUUACAUCCGUCUCCUUCCGAAAUGGAGGGAAGAAGCUCAAGUCACUUUCCAUUCGAGGUUGUGAGAAAUUGUUGCAAAAGGAGCUUAUCAACUCAAGCAUGCAGAUGCUUGAAUACAUACAAAUAGGUAAUUGCCCAAAUAUGACAUCUAUCAUUCAACUGAGUUGCUUCAUUCACCUUACCGAAUUGGAAAUAAAAAAUUGUCAAAAUAUGGAAUCAUUUCCUGACCACGAGCUACCGAAUCUCACUUUUUUAAAACAUCUUACAAUAGAAAAUUGUCCAAGCAUGGAUGCUUCCUUUCCUCGUGGACUUUGGCCUCGAAACUUGUGUUCCCUUUCAAUAGGGUGGUUGAAGACGCCUAUCUCAGAGUGGGGCCCACAGAAUUUUCCAAUCUCACUUGUUGACCUACGGUUGGGUGGACAGUCAGAAGAUGUGACUAAUUUUAGUCAACUGUCUCAUCUUCUUCCUUCGUCUCUUACUUCUCUUCGCAUACAUGGAUUUGAGAAACUGGAAUUGGUUUCAGUGGGACUCCAACACCUCACCUUCCUCCAGCAUCUCUCUAUUUACUACUGCCCAAAUACGAUAGAUCUACCAGGAAUGUUGUUGACUUCACUUUUGAGUUUGACUAUACUUAGAUGCCCGAAUCUGAAAGAAAGGAGUGAUAGAAGAGACUCCUACUGGCCCCUCAUCUCGCUUAUCCCCUGUAUCUACAUAUCUUGAGCUGAACAUUUGUAAACUUAAUCUAAAGCUAUGUAUGAUCCUCCCUCUACCUUUGAUAAUAAUAAUAAUAAUAAUUGAUUCUUCUUUCUUUUAA